AACAGCAGGUACACUCAAACUCUGGGGGCAGGACACAGAGCCUUUUUCAUCCCAACUUUACAUCCACCCACUCCUUACACACGGCUUUUCAGCCGGACUCUCUUCUACCAAGCUGGAAAUCAGUCCAAUAUUUUAAUCCAUCACUCCACACAGUCACCUCAGCCCAAGGCAACAUCGAGUCAAACUAGUGCCAAACAUUCUGCUCAAGAAGGGUUUCGUAGAUGGACUGACGCUUUCUCUGCACCUCAUCCUCAGUCAUCUGCCAUGGAGGAAUUUCAAAGGAAGCUGAACCAGCGCUAUGAAGGCACCAAGCCCAGAAAGGUGAGGUUCAAGCUGGCGUCAUCCUACAGUGGUCGGGUGCUGAAACACGUGUAUGAGGACGGACAGGAGCUGGAAAGUCCAGAGGAAAAAUACCCUCACAGCUUUAUCCACCGUAAAAUCCCACCCAGCCACCUUGAGAUGGAGCAGUUUUGCAGCUUUGAGGAGACUAAUAGGGACGAACAAGGUUUCUAUCCAACAACAGGACUCAUUGCCCAAAGAAUAAAUGUAUACAGAGGGCUGAGAAACUACAAGCCUGCAGGUGGUCAGACUGUGGAAACGGAGGGUGACAGCAAGUCCUCAGUUUUGGACUUUGGCAAAAUAAUCAUCUACACCAGCAAUCUUCGCAUAAUAAGAGCACCACCGAGGAAGCCUGAAAUGACGCGGCAGCACUCCGUCCCUCCACUGGACUUGGAGGGAUGUCCAAAGGCCAGGGAUAAGGAAAGUCGGAAGAGGGCUAAAGCUCUUAAGGCACAAGAGGAUGUAGAAAAAGAGGAGAAUGGGAUUGAAAAUAAAGAUACCAAGGUAAUGAUGCAUGGCCAAGUCAUUCUCAAUAGUGUGGUCAGGUUUUUAUCACCACAUUUUUUAGUCAUUUUAUUUUCAGUCUCACUUGUCCUCUCUCUUAUCAAAUUUCACUUUAUUCUAGGUUUUCAGGAAUCUUACUUUAAAUGUUUACCUACAAAAUGUCAUCAAGUUUAUCUGUCGAUGUCACAUUCUUACCUUAUAACAAGAAUAUUAGUUGUAUUCCACUUUUCCCUCUUUUAUGCUGACCUUCUUGCUGCUAUAACUGUUAACCAAUUGUCCCACUGUUAUCUGUCUACUGUGAACAGAUAGUGAUGAGUCCACAGUUUUCUUCUGCCCUUGCAGCAUCUGCUUGCCACUUACAAGCCAGCAAGGAGACCCAACUUGCUAUUACUUCCUCCCCCUCUUGGCUGAUUACUGCUCUUUCCCCACCGUCUUGCUCCAUCUUUUGCUCAUUGCUUUUGUUAUUGCCACAUUUUUGCUGCAUCUGAAAGAAAGUUCAUGUUGUGCUUUAUUUGUUUCAUAGACACAAGAUAAUCUUUUAUCAUUUUCAUGUUUGCCCAAGUUUGGAAGCUGUUAAUAGUUAACAAUUUAUAAAGAGAAAUGUUACAUCAUGUAAUUAGAAUAAUUGUUGUCUGACAUGUUAUGUGACAUGUUUGGAUCGUCAAGAGAUAAUAACUCAAACAUUAACCAAACAGAGGGCAGCGCCUGUGACUCAAGUGACCGAAUGGCCCCUAAAAUGACUUCAACCAUAGUAUUAAUGUGGUUGUUAUGACUACAACUUAUAAGCCUGUUACUUACAACCCAAAUUCAGAAUUGUAAAAGUCAGACAGGAAGCAUUUCUGCAAAUGAGGCCACAAUAAUCCAUCCAUCUCCCACUUGGUUCUAGAAUCAUUUGUAAACAACAAACCAAGAUCCUUGAACCCCUCCGCUUGAGGAAGAUAUUAUUCCCCGACUCUCUGAGGUAGCAAUCCACUCUUUCCCCAGUUGAGAACUAUUGUCUCAGACUUUGCGCUCAUAAUAUUUAUGAGUAACAUGCAGGUUAAAAGUAUGGAGAUUGAAAAGGAUGUUCAAGCAUGACUUGUGUUAUAAAUUUUCACAGAUGAUGCCACUUAUCCCAGCAAGUUUUGAAUGCAUUUCAUUGAAUUUAUUGUGCUGAAUAACAAUAGCGGAGAGUAUUUUAUAACCUCUUUGUUCUGUCAAUCUACAUGGAUACUUUUCAUUUGUUCAAUAUUUACUGACAGUGUAGUUGUAAGUAAGAAAAUUGCUAUAUACUUGUGCAUUUUCCUAACACAUACCUAUUUAAGACAGACACUGAUUAAAAAUGUCUUUGGAAAAAAUCUUAAGUCAUUAAGUUUCCUUGAGUUUUCCUGAAGGUGGGUCACUCACACUGGGCAGCUGUAUUAACAUUUGUUAAUUAUGAACUGGCCUGGGGUUGGGAUUAAUCCAUUUUGAAACAGCUGUAAAACAAACUGUACAAUGUAAAACUAUAACUGCGUCAGUUCAUGGAAUGGAGGACAGAUGUAGAUCAUUGAAAAGCACUAAACCACAGACUGACUUCUAAUAACUAAAAAGCAGGACCACCACACCAAGUUCUGUAAUAAAAACAAAUCAUACGGCAUUGCCCUGUCCUUGACCUUUCAAGAAUCCCCCAUCUUUUGCUUCUGCAUUGUUUACCUGCUUCUUAUUUUAUUUCCCCAUCCAUCCAGCCUCUUCUAGCCCUUAUUCACCCUUUGCUUUACCUCACAGUUUCUCUCUCCCACUUCCUAUUUUCUCCCCUAAAGUGUUUGCUCUGUCUCCAGGAGGCCGACAGCUGCCAGCAUUGUGGUGGUUCAGGCUGCGCUCCGUGCUCCCUGUGUCAUGGCAGCAAGCUGUCCAUGCUAGCGAACCGCUUCA